CUCGCUCAGUCUCAUCUCCUCCGCCGUCCAAAGUUUCUGCUCCUGCCUGACGAACCAGUCGUGUCGAGUUGGUCGACUGAAACCCAACUCUUUUCUUCUUCUUCUUCUUCUCACUGGCAAUUUUGCAAACCAAACCACAAAACCAAAAACUUUUCUCAACUUUUCCACCUCAAGAUUUCAAAAACUUGGGUGAAAAAGGGAUCAUCCCACAUCCCACCCGAGAGGAUGAUUACCCUGGAACAGAAGUGAUGUGACAUUUCUUCAGCUUUCUCUCAAACUUCUUGGGAGUGAAAGUGAGUCUCAAUUUUGUCUCCUGAAACAGAACAAUUUUCAAGUAAAUGGGAUAAAUAAAAGACGAAAUUUAACCUAAAUACUUUUAAAUUAAAUGUAAUUUUCCAUUAUUGUGACAAAUUCGCAAUUUAAUUUGCUAGUUUUGAAUGUGAAUCUCAACUUUGUCGUGAAACUGUGAAUAGAAAAACUAAAAGAUGAAGUUAACUUAAAUACUUUUACAUUGAAUGUAUAACGGAAUUUGUUUCCUUUAUUGGGACAGAUUCGCAAUUAAAUUUACUACUUUUAGGUAAGUUUUAAGGACUAAAUUAUAUUAAGAAAAAUAGUAACGAAACCACAAAUACGACGAAAAAGCAGUUGGAGGAAGGACAGAUUGAAAAUAAUCAUGGAAAAAGAAGAACACCCGAAAAAGUGUGGUCUCUCUUCUUGGAAAAUAUUUCUGGAAAACACGAAAACGCACUUUCAAACUGCGUAAGAUUACGGAUGUAAAAGAACUAAUUUUUUGCACAACUGGGACGAAAACAAGAAGAUCACGAAUUGCAAAAAAAGAAGAAGAAGCAGCAGGAGAGAGACGAAGGGUUGCUUCCCACCAUCAUCUCUAUUUCCGAUGUAUUUCCUCCCAUCCGACAUACCCACUGAAGCUCAGCAGCCAUCACACACCCCACUUUUUAUCUCAUCUAUCCCGUGCCCUUCUCGAGCUUGAGAUGCCACCACGCAAAUCCAAGCACAAGAAGUGGAAGCUUGACAUGAGUGGCGAAUCCCACAAACUUUCACCAUCCCGACAUGGUCCAGAAAUGAAGGGGAAUCAUCUCAGCAUCAUCCUCCUCAUCACGACUGCCCUCGUACAUUCCUUCGUUCAAGGCACGCUGGCCGACGGGAUGGAUUUGUUCCACAACAAAGUCCCCCCGGAUCACGUGUCAUUCGAACCCCCCGACGAAGAUGCAGCCCUGCUCAAUUCGGAGGGCUAUCAAUCCGCUUCAAAUUCCUCUUUUUCGUCGUCGUCCUAUUCAAGCAUGGAGAUUGAGGAUGACAUGCACAUGCCGGGUAACGGGACGGGAUUCAACCCGUAUGCAAACCUCAGCGUGGAAGAGCUCAUGGAAUUGGAGAUUGACGACAACCCACUGAGGGACCCUUUGUCCAUCGCCAUUCCGAUGACAAUGAUUUACUCGCUGAUAUUAAUAAGUGGACUGGUGGGAAAUAUGAGCACUUGCAUAGUAAUUGCUAGAACUUCGUACAUGCAUACCGCCACAAACUACUACUUGUUCAGUCUUGCCAUGUCCGACCUUUUGCUACUGAUAAGUGGCUUACCGCAGGAAAUUUAUCACAUUUGGGUAAAAUAUCCAUAUAUUUUCGGAGAGGCGUUCUGCCUAAUUCGCGGCUUGGCUGCGGAGACCUCGGCCAAUGCAACGGUCCUCACCAUCACGGCGUUCACGGUGGAAAGAUUUGUCGCGAUCGUUUAUCCACUAAAAAGCCACAAGCUUUCCCAACUCUCACGGGUAAUCCGAAUGAUCGGAAUCAUUUGGGGUGUCGCAUUUUGCCUCGCACUCCCUCAAUCCGCACAGUUCGGGGUGAAAGACCAGAUGAGUCGUUACAACCCAGACGUGGUGCUUAUCAAAGGAGCGUGGUGUACUUUAGUGCGAGAAAUAUUUCCUUACGCUUUCCAGAUCUCAAUUUGCGUCUUCUUCGUUAUUCCAAUGACGAUUAUCAGCGUUCUCUACAUUCUCAUCGGUCUCAAACUUCGCCGGUCGCGAAAGAGUCCGCUCAACCAUGAGCCAAGGCUACAUCCUCGACAUUCACAAAGUCAUGUAGUCCGCAUGCUAGUCGCCGUCGUCGUUGCAUUUUUUAUCGGAUGGUUCCCAUUUCAUGCGCAAAGACUGAUGGCUCUUUACGGUUCAUCCCAAAAAGUUCCUUCCGACUUCUUCAUGCUGGUUUACCAAGGGCUUACCCACGUUUCCGGAAUUCUCUACUAUCUCAGCACGUGCGUCAAUCCGAUCCUGUAUCACAUUAUGAGUAAUAAAUUCCGACAAGCGUUUAAGGACACGAUGGGUCAUUUUUGCGGACGACCGUCCCCUUCUCGUCACGGACAUCAUACCCGAACCUACUCAGCCAUGUCGUACUCGCAUAACAGAUCACUAAGAAUGACGCAUUACACCAGCCAACGCGCCAUGCACCUCAACAAAAACCCGGCAAUCACCAGAGGAGUCAAAGUGGACGAAAGCAACAACAUUGAAAAAUUUCCGCUGGACAUGAACGUUCUGGAACAUCAGGGACGAAGCAGGAGGGCAUCUUGUUCCGUUGCACAUCCAAAUUCUAACGGAAACUCGAACGGAAUGAUGGUCGACAUCGAUAACACGACGACUUAUCCGUGCUCUUGUCCAGUCGGCGAUAAGAUGUUGAUGACCACCCCGAAAACGGCGACGACUAUAUUGUCCUCGUCCAAGUCGGUCGUGACCCGGGUGCAUUGUCCGGUUUGUGGAGGGUGUGCGAAUCUGAAUGGGAAUGGGCGUGGGGUCACUUUUGGCUUUUUGGGAAAGGCCAGACACAAGAAUCACGCAUCAUUAUUCCGGAAUAACGGAAAUGGGUUGAACAACGAUCACUGCGGCGGCAGUGAUAAUGAUAUCGCGACGGUGACAACCCCGUUGAAUUCUAGUCCCCCAGAAAAGGAGAAUCAGGACGAUGAAAUUCCUAUGACGGAGAUGAAAGUUUCUACAAAGAGUAACGGGAAACUUAACCACUCAUCAAAAAUGUCUCCCCUCCAUCUCCGCUUGGACUCCAAGUCGACAAAACCCAAGCCAAGUUUGAGGACCUUUCUUCGUCGGAAGAAGGGCAAAUCUAGGGACAAUUGCACCUCUCUCACCCUUUCAGGGUCCGAUUACACGAGUCCAAGUCGAAACGUGACCCCAUUCCGACUUCCCAGUGACCCCUCGAUCCCUUCCUCGUACGCCGUCACGAUUCUCGACGCGUCCAUGAAGGGUGGUCACCACAAAUCAGUCCUCCACCACCCCAGAGAGCGGACCGGGUCCAGUGGGAACGUUAUGGGGGCCAGCAUUCCAAAAAACACGUGCCGUGCGACGAGCUACACGUCCAUGGACUCGGCCAAAUCCAACAAUACGAACACAAUUAGUAACAGCAGUCUUCAAGAUAUGGACGAGGUGGAGUACACCAGCGAAGAAUUGGCUGGCUACAUGGCAGAAUUAAAUUUGAAUAUUGAAUCUCCAAAAAAUGUUCAGGUUUAAGGUUGCAUUGGAUGAGGAUAUGAGGUGGCAUGGAUUUUUAAUCUCAUGAUACCCCCGGUAAAUACUUUUAAAUGCUAAUUUCUAAAAUGCGUCAAUUUCAUGAGUUUUGAGAUAAAUUCAACUUUUUCUAGUUAAUUUUUGGUACUAUGAAAUUAUUAAUUUGCCAAUUCAUUUACCAUUUUUUCACAAUUUCAAAAAAACAUUUCGAUAUUUUUUUUAAUCGAUAGUUUCCCGUACCAAAACUUUGCAUUAAAGUAUGAAAAGUAGCAUUUAUCUCAAAACUCACGAAAUUGGUGUCAUUUUAGAAAUUUAAAGACAUUGAAUCGGGGUAGAAUGAGAUUUAAAAUCUAAAUCCACCUUAAGUCAUGUUUUCUGAUCUCUGAUGAUUUAACUGACGUAUGCAUGCCAUUUUAUAUUUUUGUUACAUAUUCUUUUUUCUUCAUUAUAAAUGUGUCAUCUUUUUGUAGUAGCUUGUAAAUUAAAUACUUGCAAAUGGCUGUACUACUACGAAAUAUAUAACUUUACGCAACUUUGACCUGGUUGGUUUAACUAAAGGACCUGAUUCCAGUGUGAUAAAUGUUUAGAAUAAUUAAUUGAUGUACAUAAAUGAGUUGACACAAAUGAAAAUUCACAUUUACGUCAAUUUUGACUUAUUUAAAGGAGGCAGGAUCUUCUUCUCCAAAAUUUUAAAACCUGAUUGAAUGACGUAUGUACCUAAAAAUAAUCCGCUUAUUCGUAAUUAGCAUCAACAAAUAUCUAUGUACUUAUGUAUUUAUUGACAUGUUGUUCGGUAAAUAUGUAAAUUUCAUUGGUGUAAAACAAAAUGCUAUCAUAAAAUCGUUGAUAAAAUAAAAAUAAAAAUAUGUAAAUGUGUUAUGUUAAGGAAAGCUAUAUAAAAUUCAAGGAGAGUAAACUGUGAAAAAAUACGUAAUUUUUUUGUGCUUAUGAUUUGUACAUGCAUAAGGAUAAAAAAUAUGUUAACAAAUUUUAUCGUGCCCAUCUACUUAAAGUAAUUUUAUUAAAAUAUCUAUCUCUUAUUGUCAACUCAACUUUAAAACACUUCUUCUAUGCUAUUUGUAAGGAGUGAGCUGCAAUUUCUGGUGAUUUUCUGCCCAAAAUAAUAAAUUAUUAAUUGAUGUCAUCCUAA